GUCGCAGGUCCGCCGUUCGUGCGCCGCGCGGGCGUCAAGUACAUCCUGCUGUGGAACGAGUACUUCCACUACGACAACCUGGGCGCGGGGCCCGGCGACGGCGGCGCGCCCUUCCGGCGCUUGGGCUGCGCGCAGGCCGCGUGCUACAUGACGGCCGACCGCGCGCUCAUGGCGCCGCAGCACUUCGACGCCGUCGUCUUCCACAUGUACUACCUGCGCAUGCGCCUGCUGCCCUUCCUCAACUGGGGCAAGUUCCCGCCCGCGCGCAGCCCCCAGCAGCGGUACGUCUUCUUCCUGCUGGAGUCGCCGGCCAACUGCGGCAGCUCGUACGCCGGCAUGCACCACCUCUUCAACUGGACCAUGACGUACCGCCUGGACUCGGACGUGGCGGCGCCCUACGGCGAGGUGCGGCCCAGGGCCGGGGUGCGGCUGCCGGCCCGCGGGCGGCGCCGGCGGCGCGGGGGCGGCGGGGGGCCUGGGUCGGCGGCGGUGGUGGCGUGGCUGGUGUCGCACUGCGCCACCCAGAGCAAGCGCGAGAGCCUGGUGGCGCAGCUGUCGCAGCACGUGCACGUGCAGGUGUUCGGCGAUUGCGGCGCCCCCUGGCCCAAGGACGACCUGCCCGGCUUCUACCGCAUGCUGCUGGCGCGCGGAUACAAGUUCUACCUCUCCUUCGAGAACUCGCUCUGCAAGGACUACGUGACGGAGAAGCUCUUCAACAUCCUGCAGCUGGACAUCGUGCCGGUGGUGUACGGCGCCGCCAACUACAGCGCAGUGGUGCCACCGCACUCGUACAUCGACGCGCGGGCGUUCGCGUCGCCGCGCCACCUGGCGGCGUACCUCUCCUUCCUGGCGGAGCGGCCCGACGAGUACGCCAAGUUCUUCUGGUGGAAGCGCUACUACGAGGUGCUCCCCGACUCGCACAACCACCUGUGCCGCCUGUGCGAAAAGCUGCACCAGCCGCUCCCCGACAAGUCGUACGCCGACGUGGCGGACUGGUGGAACGGCGACGGCGUCUGCCAGGAACCCGACGCGGCCCUCGCGGACCUGGGCGGGUGAGCAGCGCGCUCUGCCCUCGCUGCUUCGCGCGGGAACUAAACGACGCCGCUGCCCACGGUACUGAGAUGGUUCGUGGGACGACGGGGGUCAAGUAGGCGUGCCUGGUGGAGAAGACUGGCGUUGCUCAAAGCCACGGGAUUCGCCAGCAAAUGUUAUCGUUCUUCUACUCUCGAUCCAAGCGAAUUUCCCGUUAAUGCGUCAUGUUUUUAGCGUGCGGUGUUGGCGAGCCUGACCUCGACCUGCACCCGGCGACGCUAGCACCCCUGUCGUGGCACAAAAAAAACUUCUGACCCCAGUUUCGACGGAGAGUUGAAGGGCCCUGGAGCCUGCCUCCUCUGGGACAGAUUUCGAGGGACUUCGUACGCGAGAACCUCAUCCAAGGUGCUACCGGUGAGAAGACAUUAUGAAAGUGGACGCGGGUUUGGUAGUACGCAUGAUGCAAAGGCAUGGGUGUGCUAUUGCGCACCCUAUCCAUAUUCAUCCAAUACGCUUCAGGCACCAGUUUACGUCCCAAUACUAGCGUGAAUAUUAAAUGCUACCCAACAUCACAUUGUUAUUACUCGCGCAACUUUUCUUGAAC